AAAUCAAAUCAAAAUCCCAAUUCCUGCCCUUUUUAUACCCUCACUUUCAUGCCUUCAACAAACCUCACCAAUUAGCUUUCCCUCAAUCACAGCAGUUCAUCAUGUCUGAUCAGCCAUGGCCGAUAUCUCAAAUGGUCCGCGAUCCGGCGCCACAGUCUUAUCCGAGGGUCAAGUUCGCAACGGCGGUGACGCUGGGAGCAGCGUUCUUGAUAUUGUCUGGGCUAACUCUAACCGGGACAAUAAUUGCUCUAAUCAUGGCGACUCCGUUUCUGGUGCUAUUUAGUCCGAUUUUGGUUCCGGCGGCGAUAGCGGUAGUUUUGGUAGCCAGUGGUUUCUUUUUCUCGGGUGGAUGUGGUUUGGCGGCAAUAAUGGUGUUAACUUGGAUGUAUAACUACUUAGCAGGGAAGCAUCCGCCUGGUGCAGAUAAGAUUGAUUAUGCGAGAGGACAACUGGCGAGAAAGGCUCAUGAUAUUAAAGAAAAAGCUAAAGAGUAUGGACAGUAUAUGCAACACAAGGCUCAAGAGGCUACUCAAGCAUCUUAAGCUCUUCCCUGAUUUUCUAUAAAUGUGUCUGUGCAUGUAUGUAUUGUAGUGCUAAUUUCAGUGUGGAAUAAUACUCUAUUUAAUUUGCAUUUGAUAUUCAA